GGGCGUUACCGAGGGGCUGCGAGGGAAGUGAUGUAGGGCACGCGCCGGCGGCGUGAUGGAGCAGCAGCAGCAGCAGCAGCAGCAGCAACUGAGAAACCUGCGGGACUUCCUGUUGGUCUACAAUCGGAUGACGGAGCUCUGCUUCCAGCGCUGCGUGCCCAGCCUGCACCACCGAGCUCUGGAUGCUGAGGAGGAGGCCUGUCUGCACAGCUGUGCUGGGAAGCUGAUCCAUUCCAAUCACCGCCUCAUGGCCGCUUACGUGCAGCUCAUGCCUGCCCUGGUACAGCGCCGCAUCGCAGACUACGAGGCUGCCUCAGCUGUGCCAGGUGUUGCCGCUGAACAGUCCGGAACCUCGCCAUCAGGCAGCUAGCCGUCCCCACCCUGGAAAGGGAGGCACUGGAUGGACCCUCAAAUUGAAGAAGCCAGUGGACCUUGGUCUGGGUGCAACCUGAAUGUAGAAAGUGAGGAGUUACCUGAGAGCUGGGUACUGUUGCUCCUUUUCCUGGAGCUAAUAAACCCACUUUUACUGUUUGCUUUAUAUUCUGGGCAAGGAAGCUUUGCCCACUUUAUUGGCACCAUCCUUAUUGUUCUGUCAGUUAGUCCUUCAGCCCUGGCAGCAGAGAAAUUGCCUUCUGCAUGUAGGAGGAAAACCUCAGCAUUCUCAGGCACCUGAUUAAAGCAACGUCUGUGAGUACAAUUUUAAGACUGGUGAUAGCAACGAGAAGUUGGUUUCUGCCCAGAUGGCAGAACAUGGGAACUCUGUAUAGCUGUGCGUCUGACUUAAAUGGCCCCCUUAGAGAUAUCUAAGGACAACAGAUUAAGAAUCCGUAGGGCUUUUAGGCACUACCUCCUGGGAAGUCAGUAGCCCCAGACAGAGAUGAAGCCUGUAAGAAUUCUGGGGUGUUUUGGAACGUAAACCACUUCUGCAAGUUGUUACUUACUUAAUAUUUUCUGUCUUCUUAGGAUGAGCAGUAAAAUCUUUAAACAAAGAAGAUCUGUGUGCUUGUCUUCAGGAGCAGUCAGAAAGGGGAAACUUGUGGAACCAUAUUCUGCAGUACAGUCAGACUUGAGGGAUUAAAAACCUGAGGGAGAAGUAGGUGGUGAUGGUUAUGGAGGGAAAAGGAAGAAAGCCAGAUCUUCAGGACUUCUUGAAUGUUACCUUAAUGUCUCACCGCUUGUCUGUAAUCUCCUCAUUCUGUGUCUUCCUCUACCCCACAUUGUUCCCACUGUGGCUGUUCUGUGGUUUCUAAUCCCAGCCUCUCUAUUCUUUCCUCAUUAUUGCCCUCCAUGUGGAAUUUACCUCUAUAGUCAGCAAUCCGAAUGGCCUGUCACUUCAUCCCUGAAUUUUCUUACCAUUCUUGUGUCCUUUUUGUAUCAUUUCAGCUGUUUUAACUUUUCUGUUCCUCCAUUCACACUGCUAGAGAAAAACAAAGCUGUAUAGUGAAUGCCAUUAAAUAUUUAAGGUCUCCAACCUCAACCAAGCCCUCAUUACCAACAAACAACGUUUUGUGGGUUCCUGGUCUAUUUGCUCCCCUAAUCACCACGGCAGUUAUUUUACACCUUUACUGCUCUCCUUAAUCCCCCACCUCACCCUCAACUAUUCCCCAUCAGGUGAUACGUUUCAUUUUUAAAAUAGAAGUUCUUAGACAUUGGCUCCCAUAAUCAUAAAAAAAAAGAAAAGAAAACUUACAACCACCCACAAAGCAGAUGCUUUCUCUCCUGUACAGAUCAGGACACUGAAAUUCUCUAGUAGCAGACCCCAUCAGAAAAUGCAGGUCUGUCUUGAAAAUCCAUGUUGUCUUUCAAAAUAUCUAUUGAGCACCCACUUUGUAUAGGUUCUGGUCUUGGUAUUAUCCCCACAUAAUAGAUGAGGAAGAAAGAAUUCAGUAUGUACCAGAAGCCCACCUUAUACACAGUUACCUAUUGAGAAAUGUGGCUCUAAUCAGCUUUUUGCCUCAUUAGUCAAAAUCUUGAACAGAAAGAUUUGUUAAGACCCUUCCUUGAUAAAAAAAAAGUUGUUGACCAGGAACUUUCCUACUGAGUGGUUUCAUGUCUACCCAAUAAAGUCCUCUCCUUGGAAAGUAUAAAUGCAGGUAAAACAGCUUGUGAACUUUGCAGUUCCCAGAGACAGGAAUGGGGACCUGGAAUGGGAAGGAUUUUUCCAUAUCAAUAUUUACAUUUAUCCUUGCAAUAAACUUCCAUUAUGAAGUAUCUGUGUUUCCAUGUCAUGUAAUUAGUAAUUGCUGGACAAGGGCUGGGAACACAGAUCUGUCUGACUCUAAAGCCUAUGUCCUGGGACUUCCCUGGUAGCACCGUAGUUAAGAAUCUGCCUGCCAAUGUAGGGGACACAGGUUUAAUCCCUGGUCUGGGAAGAUCCCAGACCAGGAUCUGAGACGUGGAGCAACCAAGCCCGUGUGCCACAACUACUGAGCCCGUAUGCUGCAACUACUGGAGCCCGUGCUCCGCAACGAGAGAAGCCACUGCACUGAGAAGCCCAUGCACCACAGCAAAGAGUAGCUCCUGCUCACCACAACUAGGGAAAGCCUGUGGCAGAAACGAAGACCCAAUGCAGCCAAAAAUUUAAAAAUAAAUAAUAAUAAUAAAUUUUUGUUAAAAAGCCUAUGUCCUUUGAACUUUCAGAGCUUAUAUUUGCUUGCUCAUCUGCAGUCAGUCUUUCCUUAGGCGUGGAAAAACAGGUGUCCCUCGAUCUGAUCCACCAGUUCCUUAACUUUUCAAUCUCUUCUUUCUUCUCUGUUUAUAAAAUAUGUUCAAUACUUAUGAGAAGAACCUUAUUCCUACUAUUCGUCUUCCAUUGUCACUGAAGUCGCCUUCAGGUCUUACCAUAAAGUGUUAGCCAUUGGCAUAAUGAGCGAUGUGAUGUUUCAAACACAGCACAAGGACAAAUGGUGACAAAGCUUCAUCCCUUUAUCACAAACUCUUGAGAGGGUUGUUCUUGCCAUUGUGGCUUCAGAACUUAACUGCCCACUCCUUUGCAAAGUCUAAUUCCUUUGAGCCUAUUCAACUGUACCACCCUCUCUCAUUACUUAUCCUCAGUAACUGCCACUCUCCUACUUUCCUCUAAAUAGCUAGCCUUUGGUCUUCCUAUCCACCCCUUAAUACUUUAAUGUUACACAGACAGUCCAUUCAGUGUUUUUGUCUCUUAGUUGCUUGACCCCAUCUCCAGUCAUUUCUAUUCUGUCUUAGGUACCCUUAGUUAUGUCCUGGCCAUUGUCACCACCCCAAACUGCUCCAUCUUCAAAACAUUAUUACUUGCAUUGUAUUCACUGAAUGUGUUCCUUCCACUUCGUUUAUUGAACUAUUCCUUUAGCAUUUUUAAAAUUUCACUGCAGCAUUCAGACCAUUGCUUCUACCUUCUCUCCAUUGACGCCUUCCUGUCUUUAGAUACCUGUCAUGCUUAAAUUCUAGUCAUUCUUUUGUAAUAGGCUAAAUUUCCUUCCCUCUCAUUUCUUUGUUGGACCUGGAUAAAAUGAAACAUUUGUGCCUGCAUUUGGACAUCUAAAAACUGCCCAAGGAGAUCACUACAGAGCAGAUUUAUAUCACUGAACCCAUGGUUAUCAACUUCAAAUAGAACCUCAGCCCCUGUAAUCCCACUAGAGUUUUCUAGUCAUCUUUCCUGUUCCCUGCAAUAACUAUUUCAAACCAAUAUUCUUAAGCCUCUUAUUAUCCCCACCAUUCUGUUCGCUUUCUGCAGGUAACCUUAUUUUUGUCUCAUAGGCAAAAGUAGAAGCUAUCAGUGGGGAGCUCCCGCAACAUCUUGCAACUCCAAACUUGGUCACCCAUCUACAUCUGCAUCAUUCUGUCCUCUUUCCCUCCUGUCUAAACAGGACAAGCGUCCCUCUUAAGGCCAGUGCCUGUGUCUGUGCACUGAAUCCUAGUCCUUCCUUCUUCGGAGAUCUCUGACUCUUUCCCACUUUACUAAAUUCUUCUCGUCAAUGUUUAAGUGUGCCAAAGACUCCCAUUACAACAAACAAACCACUUUACCUCACAGGUACCAUCCAGUUUUUUUCCACUUUACAGCCAAACUUCUCCAAACAGUGGAUACUUUGGUUUUCUCCAUUCCCAGUCCUCCACCCACUCUAUUUUGACUUCUGUAACCUUUAUUCUAUUCAGAUAGUUCUACCUGAGGUCACCCCACCUCACCAAGUGACCUUCAUUUCCCUGAAUCCAGUGGUUAUUUCCUCAGCUUACUUCACUUCUCAGUGGCAUCUGGUACUAUUGACUUGUUCCUCAUCGACACUCUGGUGUCUGCAAUUCCAGUUGUGUUUUUACUGCUACCUCUGGCCACAGCUUCUUAGCCUCCUUUGCAGGCUUACCCGCCUCCAGCCAUCAAAUCUAAAAGUUUCUCUAGGUCCUGUUCUUUCUCAGUGUAAUUCUUCCGGUGUUGUUUUAUCCCCACUCUGAGCUUUCGUUGCUGAUAACUCAGCUCUCUCCUCUGAGCUACUUGAUUGACAUCUCCACUUAGGUGUUUCAAGAACAUCCCAAAUCAACAUGUUUCCUCUUAAACUUUCCUCCUAUGCCUGGUACUCAACCAGUCAUAGAAACUAGAAACCUCACUCAUCCCUUCAGUCAGCUGCCAAAUCCUAUCAGUUUACAUUUCUAAAAAUCCCUUGCUCUGUCUGCUUCUCUUCAUCUUCACAAUCUCCCACCAAGAUCAUUGCAACUCCUGCUUCCUCCCCUGUCCACUUUUGUACCCCUCCAAUCUCUUGUCCAUUCAUUGGCCAGAAGACACAAACUUAUGCUUAAAACCUUGCAGUAGCUCCCCAUUCUUAGGACUGAACACUGACAUUCUACACAUGACCUACCACGCCCUGCAAGAUCCAGCCCCUGCCUACCUCAGCUUAUUCUUGUCAGUAACUGUCAAACACCGGACAGUUAAUACUGUUUGUUGAAUUGAAUCAAAUUGAACCACACUUCACUCCUGUAUUCUAACCACUCUGACCUUUCAAUUCCUCUAACCUGUCAUACACUAUUCCAUCUCAGGGCCUUUGUACCUGCUGUUUCCUGACUUGCAAUGCUUUCCCCCCUUACUCUCCCUACGUAAUUUCUACUCAUUCUUGAGUACUUAGUUCAAAUACUAUUUCCUCAAAUAACUCUUCCCAAACUCCAGCUCCCAUAAAUGCAUAUGUUUUGGGCAUGUAGCACUUGUACACUUGGUAAUUAUCAAUGUAAAUCCCAUGAGGUCAGAGUCCUUGUCUGUGUUGCUCACCGUUGUAUCCUUAUCACAGUGCCUGGCACGUGAAAGUGCUUGAUAAAUAUUUGUUGAAUGAGUAUCUUUCGGUCUCUUCCUAGCUCAAUCAACUCUAUAUAAUGAGAGAAAGGCUUUUUAUCAGAAGGGACAGCAAUGACUCUGUAUUUGACCUUUUGCCAAUGAUUUAGAGGUGUUUUUCAUUCAAACUUACACUUUUUGUAUCUUCCCUUAAUCAGAUGUCAACACUGAAAAGCCUCCACCUGCAGCAAAUCAUUGAGCUCUUGUUAUGAGGGAGGCUGGGAAAUGUCAGCUUUAUUCUUACCAGUCUUUUACCCAGUUAAAAAUUGGAGCUUCUGUUACUAAGGAGGAAGAGGAGAUUGGCUAUUGGGAGACACUGCCAAUCCAUUUUCUAUACUAACCAAGAGUGAUUCAUGUAAAAUAUAAACUUUAACCAUGGUGCUCGUCUACUUAAUGCCUUCCAUGACCUUCAGACUCCUUCGCCUCACAAUGGAGGCUUUCUCUGAUCAGGUCCCAGAUGACCUCUCUGGCCUCAUCUUCAGCCAACCUUUGAUGAUCUUAUCCUUGGUUAUAAAAGAAUCUAUUUGCGGUGUUCAGACACAUCAUGCUAAUUCUGGCGUCUUUUUUUCUUUUUCUGGGUAUGCCCCCACAUUCAUCCAUAUAUUUAUAUAUUUCACAAAUACUUGAGUGACUGCUUUUACCAACUUGGUUAAGCCCUGCACAUACAGAGGUGAACGAGAAAGAUGCAAUCGUCGUUCUCUUGAAACUUUACGUGGUUAUGGUGAAGGUCAAUAUAGAAGAAGUAAUCACAACUGUGAUGUAUGUCAUGAAGAAAAAAUGUGCGUUGUAAUGAGAGCAGACAGUAGUACUAACUUACCUGUGUGUGGGAUGAAGAAAUUCCCCGAGGAAGUGAUUUUGAAGCUGAGAUUAGAGGAUGAAUUAGAAUUAACCAGGCAAUAGGCAGGGAGAAGGGCUUCCCUCCUUUCCUUCAUGUCUUUGCUUAGAUGCCACCUUUUAUUAAGGCUUACUCUGAUUACCCUAUUUAAAACUGCAACCAUCCUUCCCUCAGACAUUCCUGAUCCCCUUUUCUCCCCCGUAGCACUGUCACGUCUCACACACUCUACAGUUUACUCAUUUUGUUUGUUAUUUAUUAUUUGUGUCCCCGCCCCCACUAGAGUGUCAGCUCCAUAAACAGGAAUUUUUGUCAGUGUUAUUAUUUUGUACACUGAUGUAACCAAACAUCUAAAUUGGUGCCCACACAGUUGAUACUCCACAAAUACUUGUUGAGAAAUGAAUUCAAGAGAGAAUAUUUCCAAAGCAAAGGUCUAGAGCUUGGCUUUAGAGAGAGGAGAAUCAUCUCUUAUUGGUAACAGGAAGAAGUGGGGAAUGGAUGAGAUCAGAUCUAAGCAGUUUUUUGAUUUGGUUUUGGGAGAUUGAGAGUUCCUUUUAAAUAGCUUGUGUAACGGUUAGUUUUAUGGGUCAGUUUGGCUAGGUUACAGUACCCAGUUAUUUUAUCAAACAUUAAUGUUAGAGGCAUUGCUGUGAUGGUAUUUUAUAGAUGUGGUUAACAUCUACAAUUAGUUGACUUUAAGUAAAAGAAACUACCCUCAAUAGCAUGGGUGGGCUUCAUCUAAUUAAUUGAAGGCCUCAAGAGCAAAAACAGAUUCCCAGAAAAGAAAUUCUGCCUCAAGACUGCAACAUUAACUCCUGCUUGGGUUUCUAGCAUGUUGACUUGCCCUACAGAUUUUAGCCUUCCCAGGCAAUUCCUUAAAAUCUCUCUCUCUCUCCAAAUAUAUAUAUAUAUGGAAGAUGCGAAAGUGCAGCAGAAGUUUUGAAAUAGUCAUUGCACUG